AUGGAUGUCCCCAUUAAUUUCCUCACUCCUUAUGUCUCCCUUCAAAGGAAGACACUCUGGAUGCUGCCAUGCUCAGUUCUGCUGAACCUGGCUAUUGCUAAUCUCCUCAUGGGCCUUGAGGGAUUCCCCAUGACUAUUUACACAGCAAUGCACAGGUGCUUUGUUCUUGGAAGGACCAGAUGUAAUGUAGAGGGUUUUGGUAAGAACACCCUCUGGCCCCUGGUUUGCGUGCUCAUGAGCAACUUUUGUACUGGGGCUAGCCAUGCCACUGCAGGGGUGCCCUAUUUCGCAUUCACCUGCUCUGUGCCACCUCUCACUGGUUGGCCUCAUUACAUUCCUGAAGGCAUGCAGUGAUCCUGUGGUGUUUAACUGCUACACCGUGAAGCCUUUGUGAUCUACAUUUUUCUUGGCCAUUUCACCAUCCCCCUGUCUAUUAAACCCUUCUGCCAUAGCCAUCUACUCUGCACACUCAAACAGGCAGCAGCCAUCCAGCGGGAGACCACGGCCCAACAAGUCCUCCAAAUGAAAUGA